CAGAUUUGAAGCACUGGAGGGCAAUCUGGUAGCUCAAGGUCACGCUCGGCAUGUUCUCAUUUUUCCUGUCAAGUUAGGGAGCUGUUUCUUUUUCCAUUCUUUAGUAUUCUAAAUAAUAAAUAAAACACUUGUUUUCAAAGCUUUCAAGCCAUACUUUAUUCUUGGAACCACUUACUGUACCUUCAGAUCACAUUCAAUAUAUUUUCGGAACAGAUGUCAUCGUUACAGUAUCUGGCAUUAGCUUACAUAUUAAAUCCCUGGUCAAGCGCUUAUUGACUACUUUGACGAUCCUGAAUUUAAAUGGAUUUAACAUUUCCAAGUCAUACAUUCUAUGGUGUUGAGUUCCCGGCAGUGGUAAAUAAUGUAGAGACUGCUAUUGAAAUGCUUGGUGGACUUAGUCAAAUAUCUGAGGUAUUCGCUGACGAAAAACGUCGUUUAAAUCUCUCUUUUCGUCCGCAUAUGGUGUAUUCAAAGCCUGCUUGUGGAGAUGGUCGUUCGUCCAACUCAUUUAUCAUACGUAUUCAACGUCUCAGGAACAAGGUAACAGGCGAGCUCAAAUUAGUUCCUGUUAUUCUGGGACGCGUAACUCGGGUUUAUAAAUUCGAUGCGAUGGCUGAUUUUCAGUUCGGUCCAUUUGAGCGUGUUCCGACUACAGAUACAAGUGAAGCAUCCAAAGUCAUUCCACCUAAUUACAAAAUAUUCUACAAUGAUCUCAUAAUCAAGGAUCCAACAACAAUGAUUGAUUCUUAUUUAUCUCGUGAUAUGCCAUUGUAUCUCCCACCGGUCCUAUUUAGUCGCCAAGAUACUCCAAGUUUUUAUAAUUUUGCCCCUCGUUAUCGCACGACUGAGUACAUUCAACUUGAAGAAAAGAGUCAUAAAAUGCCAGUUUCAAGAAAGGCCCGACCGACGUUUGGAUAUCUAGUGAACUUGGAUGAUGUAACUCCUACUUCUCCUAGGCCUGGAGCGAUACAACGUGUAAUAAAUCUUGGGCUAUCUGCUAUUCAAGUAAAGGAUGAAAUUCAAAAACUCUUCGAUGAGCGACCGAUUUGGUUGCGUCCAGCAUUGGCUUACCACAUGCCUGGAGAUACUCGAUUGGUCUAUUUUACUCAGAUACUUCCUUCUGUAGCUUACUAUAUGAUUCGUGGACCAUGGAGUCGAGCUUGGAUCCGGUAUGGUUAUGAUCCUCGCAAAGAUCCCGAAGCUCGCCGUUAUCAAGUAAUUGAUUUUCGAGUACAAGCUUAUAUGGUUGUACGUAAAUUAUUAUGUCAUUCUUCAUCGAGGAAACGUAUGCUAUGCACGGAUGCCAAUAAACGAGUCUUAGCGGAUUGUCGUAAAUCUUAUGAAUCAGUACAUUCCAGGGAGGAUAGUUUCUGGGACGAACUUUUGAAUAGCUCGAAGAAAUCUCAAGAAGAUAAUAUCGACUACGAUGGAAAUGAUGAAUUAGAUCCGACUAUUAUUGAUGAUGCUGAGGAUGACGAUGGUGAUGACAGAAUACAAAAAAAUUUAGGCAAGGUUGCAGAUUAUCGUUUUGGACCUAAUAACUGGCCAACUACACAUCAAGUCCGUUAUUGUCUCUCGGAUAUAGAAAUUCCUGAGGUACAAGCGAUGUUAGAAGAAGUACCUGAGCGAACUGAAAUUGACCCAGUAGAUGGAUGGCUCCGACCUGGAGGUAUCAAAAGAAUACGUGAUCUUUUAGGGCAAUAUUUGAAAAAGUGGAUAUCUGAAUCAGACCCAACACAUGCAGAUAGUGGUGCUGAGUAAUAAUACUCCAUGUUGCAUUAUCUCUUGCUUUAAUGUAUCAUAAUUUUGCAUUUUGUCCAGAAUUUUUUUGUUUUAUUCAAAAAGUAAUAAUCUUUUCUUUCAUACCGUUAUAACAGUUUUCACUUAACAUUAUGUGCUUGUUUCUAUUUUUCUUCUUUGCAUAGAGUUUUCUUCUUAUCAUCCGUAUACUUUGUUAUACAUUCUAGUUAGGAUAUAUUUUGUCUCUCAGUUCAAUAUCUUUAUUUAGUGGUGUAAUUUCUGAUGGAAAUUUACUUUAUUCGUAUUGCCUUCACAGUUUUUCUCACUGUUCAUUAUUUUUUUAACUGCAAAGGUUCCUGUGUAAUUUCCACUGUAAAAGAUUAUAGUUAAAUGUGUUUUGUUCAAAUAGUUUUCUUACAUACUUUGUUUGUUUGUAUUGUAUGGUGAUAUUAAUUAACUAACAUAUUAUAUUGUGUUUAGCGCAAUCUUGUCAGCCAAAAGCAAGAAACGUCGGAUUAUAUUGAUAAGCAGUAUGGGCUGUACAUAUAUGGCUGUCAUGAUUCAACGGGGUAGUGGACACUAAAUAUUCAUUAAAAUGCAGGUGUAUCCAGCUGAAAAAACAAGUCAUCAAAAUUUGUGGACAAAUGUUGUAUAAUUUAUUUAUGUGAACUUUAGAUCACAGUUUAAACACGCAACUGACCGUUAUCACCGGCUCGGUACUUCAAUCUAGACUUCGAGUUAUCCUUUGACCUUAAAGGAUGUCGUAUACAAUGAAAUGCCACACUGUCGAGAUGAGUAUUUGUUCCUUUCUCUGAUGUAGGACAACUAAGAGUCGAAAUAUAUUCUCUUCUAAGCUGAUGUUUUAUUUCGUCAUCAUUGCAACCUUAUAAUAAAGUAAUCUUCAGGUUAGAAUGUUGUUAAUUCGUCGUAAACCAUGUUUAAGAUAGCCUUUUUAACUAUCUUACAUAUCCUCGAUGUAAGGCAGGCCACGAUAUCAAACGAGACAAUUGCCUUAUCCUCCCUUAGUUUGACUUUUAUUUGUCUAAUAACAGAGUUUAUCGAGUUGGUAAUAAAAUGCUUGCUAUAAUUACUUUGAUAAACUGUAUUAACCUAAAGAGUAUGCAUGAUUUGGUACUCAGUCGGACCGUGGUAUUAGCUUUCUACUACAUUUAUCUAUCAGUUGUAAAAUUACGUAAUAUAUGUAAACGAUUGUUAUUACCUCAUAAAAAUGUGAUCGAACUUAGAACAUAGUCAACAAAGUUUUUCAACUGACCGUAAUUUUGAGAAAGAAAGGAAGGAGUAAGUAAUUGUCUGUUGGUUAUCUUUCGUUUAUUUGAACACAUAAAUGUUGGUACAAAGGGUCACCAAACACACAUACGCACCACGCAAUAACAAUGAGAAUUUUGAAGAGAGAGAUAAUGUAAGAUGCGUAUAAGAAAAAGGGGGACAAUAACGAACAGAAAUUAGUGUAUAAUAGUGAAAUAAUAAUAAUAAUGAGACAAUUAAGUUAGCAAAGGUACAGCCAGAAAGAAUUCUUCCAGUUAAAGAAGUUGCGUCCAUUUUUUAUAAAGAAAGUUACAACAGGAUCACCACUGGCUUCUAUUC